CCCCCCCCCCCCACCUCCACCUUCUCUCAUCUUCACCCACCUCUUCUCUCUCGUCCUUUCUUUCUUUCUUUCUUUCUUCCUUCGCUUCCAUCUUCUACCCAGUUCAGCACACAUCCCAAGCAGCGCACCUUCACUUGUGCCAGCCAGAGAAGCACACCCUAAAAAAUGCUCACUACCAACCGACCGUUUCCAAAGUCCACGACAUUCGUGGCCCUCUUCCUCCUCAGUCUCGCCGUGCUCUCAUCAUCCUCACAAAACCCGGACUUUUAUCCCUCAUCCGGCGCCUUGGUCGACGCUCGACCCAUCGGUCUCACAAAGCGAUUCCCACAAACGGGCGGGAACGAGCUCGAGGGACGGCUGCGUCGUGCACCCCACACACCUUACUCGGGUACGACCCAACCAUCGCUAGACAAAGGGCUGCAGACCAGUGAUGGCGGCGAUGGCGGCGAUGACGAUGCUAGCCAUGACUUAGAGCCGGUACAGGACACGGACGACGAGGAUUUCGGAGACGAGGAGGAGGACCGGGACUCGGACGAUGUCGAGCCCAUUGUGAUCGAACCCCUCUACCGCGCCCAGGAUCUAUUUGACGAGGACGAGGACCGCGACGAGGGAAUCUUCGCUGAGGGUGUUGCUACCGCUCCUGGUGAAGGCAUCAUGGAAGAAGAAGACCAAGACAGCGACAGUGAUGAUGAUGGUUACGGACACGGUAGUCUCUGGCACGGAUUUGGGCAGACCUCUCGGUUGGGACCCGGUUCUGCACACAACGCAGCUUCCGAGGAUGGUCCUAGAGAGCGAUGGACUGCCCUGGAUGACUGGCUGGAGGAGGAGGAGGAGGAGGAGGAGGAGGAGGAGGAGGAGAGGGACGUCAAUGGACUAGACGACAUAAUGGACUGGGUGGAGGACCUAGAGCAUGUGCGGACCCGAAACUCGCUUAGAAACGGUGGACUGCGAGAGCAAGGAACGAGCAAUGGCGCGAAUCCGUUCCGGCGCCUCUUCCCGGCGUCCUGGAGAGCCUAAGAGGGAUCGGCGUUCCUUUUUUUUUUCCAGUGCAUUUUCUUAAUCCCCUCGCGUCUCUCAGAGUCCUGUUCUCAAUGCGCCUUUGCCAUGCACAUCCGGAAACGAAGCCUUCUCAGAGGAGCAUACUGUACAUAUUCUAAUAAAAUACUAAUAUACCAAAGU